AGCACAUUCCAGGAUUCCGAGGGCUCUCAUGCACUGGGGGGCUGCACCAGGACUCAGGUACUGCAGCCUCUAACAAUGGAGAGCUGCCAGUCCUCUCUAUGGCUCUAGGACCUGCCUAUCUGUCUCUGCCUGGAUCUCCAGCUGUACAUGUGACUAGUCCUAUAGACUUUAUAGGGCAAUCAGCAGGCUUUCUCUUCCUUCAAGCAAGGAUGCCUUGAGACUGCAAGCAUCCGGAUCUGCAAGCACCACCACCACCAUCACCACCUCUGCUUUGCCAAAUGCUGAGGAGGCUAUGACCCAAAGCAAUGGGUGAUCUGGAGUCUGGCUUUGAAGUGGUGGAUGGAGUCAGGCUAGGAUACCUAGUCAUACAAGGCAAGCAGAUGUUCGCCCUGUCUCAGGUCUUUACAGAUCUCCUGAAGAACAUCCCAAGAACCACAGUGCACAAGCGCAUGGAUCAUCUAAAAGUGAAGAAGCACCACUGUGACUUGGAGGAGCUGAGGAAGCUCAAGGCGAUCAACUCCAUAGCUUUCCGUGCGGCCAAAUGCACUCUGAUCUCCAGAGAGGACGUGGAAGCCCUGUACACCUCCUGCAAGACUGAAAGGGUCCUCAAGACAAAAAGGAGGAGGAUAAGCAGACCACUGUCAACAAAAGAGCACCCUUCCCCCGACCCUUACUGCAGUUUCUGGAAGGAGAACAAAGUUUGGCUGGGUCUGAAUGAAUCUACCAAGCCAAUCAAGAGAAAAGCCUUUGCUCCUGGAGAACCAGAUCUUCUACCGGCUGCUGAUCUACCUCACUUUCUAAGUAAAUACACUGGUCACAGCUACCCACAAAUAGCAAGGUCUCCUUGCAAAACCCCUGGAAACUAUGAAACUCCUCAGAUCCCCGGAGACUGUGUAGCAGCUUUCCACUCCAGCCUGCCCUACUUCAGGGGCGUGCUGUGCAGCAAGCACCCUGCCUACUACUACCAACCAGCCAUUGCCCAACCCAAGCUAGGCAGCUCAGUGACUUACAGAUACAAAAGGAGAAGGUCUUCAGCGGACAAGGACUCCUCAUUCCACAGCAGCAGCAGCAGCAGCAGUAGGAGGUUCUUCUUUUUACCCAAGCCCUACAGAUCCAAAGGAACCCCCUUGUGCCUGGAGAGGAUCCACCUGGUCAAUGGCUUCUGUGCCCAGCACCUGGAUGUCCUACAGGAGGGUUACAGCAGCGACUCAGAGUCCAGUUCUGCUGCCAAUGACUCGGAUUUUGGUUCUAGUUUGUCCAGCAGCAGCAACUCUGUGUCCUCCGACGAUGAGGAGGAAGAGGAGGAGGAGGAGGGAAGCCUGUCUGACUCCAGUGAGCUGAGCUCUGAUGAGGACAGCUCCUCUGAGUCAGACAGCAGCUCUGUGUCCAGCCAGGUCUCAGUGGAAAGCAUACGAUUCAGGAGAACUAGUUUUUCCAGCCCUGCUCACAUGGCCCAAGCAAACCUCCUCUGCCAGUUCCCCAGGUCCCCUAGCCCUAGUUCUGGUAAGGCAACUCACUGUGAGAUUAAAUCCGAAAGCCAGGAUUGGAGUCACCAAGGCUUUAGGAGUUCUGGGAUGUAUUGUGCUCUUGGGGGCUCCUUUCCUGAGAAAACCUCUGGGAUCCAUCUCCCACUUUCUGCUUUCUCCUCUAAUGCUAAGAGAAGUGACAUGACAAUUAACUGUGAGGGGGGCUCUUCACCUAGCCCAAAGAAAAAACAGACAUUCUUACCACAACAAAGGAUAAACAGGGAGAGCAAGCCAUCCACUCUCUCACCAUGUGUGCAAAGGAAUACCACAACCCCCAGCUCCUUACAUUGUGUGUCUGCAACCACCACUGAGAAGGGGGACAAAUUGUGUAGAGGGGAUGUGCCUGAAAACUCGGAGCAGCCUCACAAUAGUGGGGUGAAGGCAUGCACUGAUCUAGCCUUUCUGCACAAUGUCAAAAUUAAAAUUGAGGACAGUAGUGGUCAUGAAGAAUACCAUAACCAGCAUAAGCUAAACUAUGAGUGCAAUGUUGCUAAGGAUGAGCUUGAUAGUGAUAGGGGGGAGGAUAAAACCGAGGGGGCUUUAGUCAAAGCCAAACUGGACUCUGUGUGCACUGAUACUAAACAACAAACCACUUCUGGAGAUACUGUGACUCCAAGUGAGGAGGACCCUCCAUGCACUUUAGAUACACCCAACAAGCCUGAGGAUGGAGAUUACAAAUAUGGUGCUAAGGUCAGGAAAAAUUACAGGACACUGGUGCUAGGAAAAAGACCUAUAUUACAGACAACUCCCUGCAAGCCCAAUCUGAAAUCUGCAAGGAGCCCAAGAUCCCCAGGUAAAAGUGAAUUUUUUGAAGGGACACUGGAUGGUAUUACAGUGACCAAUAGACGCAAAAGGUUAGCCAACAAUGUAGCUUCUACAGUAAAAAGACCUUUUAAUUUCAUGGCAAAUUUCCCCAGUCCACCGUCAUUGAUUAUUGGCAAAGAGGGAGAUUUAGUCCCUGCCUACUCCUUAAACAGCACAAAGGAUUCUUACCCACCCCACAAGGCCCAUCCUAUUUGGAAAUGGCAGUUGGGUGGUUCUCCAGUACCUCUCCCUCCUAGUCACAAAUUCAGGACAUUUCAAUCAUAAUUUUUUUUUUUGUAUGGGGAUAUUGUUUUUUCCCCCCCUAUGGUUGCAUCAGCCCUUUUUUUUUAAAUAUAUAUAUUAUAUUAUUAUUAAUUAUUAUUAUUAAUUUGGAUUUAUUUGCCCUGACAUCUCCUGGAGAAGGACAUUGUGGAUGCUAUUUUCAUUUACAAUAUGGAAUUUUCACUUGGUUACAUUCCUCAGACUACUCAGUGCUUAAAGACUUGCAUUAACCCUGGCCUUGAAUGGAAGUUGUUUCUUUUUAAUUUUUUAAUUUUAAUAUUUUUUAUUUUAUAUAUUAUUAUUUUAUUUUUUGCAAAGCACCCGGUACCUCAGUUCAUCUGCUACAAAACAAAUGUCAAAGCAUUUCAGUGUAAUAAAAAGAAACUAUAGUAUGAGCCAUUUGCAUUUUCUGCACUAGAUUUGGAAAGUUGAAGUAUGACUGUGUCAUUUGUUGCACAAUAUGGGUCAUCCAUGAAUAAUUAGAUGUGGCAGAUUUUACUUUAAUAUUUGGGUGAGAGGGUGUUUUUUGUGGUGUUUUUUUUAUUUCAUUUUAUUUUAUUUUUCAAGAGCAGUUGCACUUAACUCGUUUUUAUGGACUGGAAUGGUCUUGGGCCUAGAUUUAGCUCAGGCCUUGGGAAAAUAAGCUGCCUCAACAACUAGUGAAAAUAAAUAUGUCAUUGUAUUUUGUUAAAUGAUGUCUUUUUACGUGCACAAUCAUACAGUGUGUAGUGAAAUCGCAAUUGUAUCCAAAGGUCUCUCUUUUUCUGUAUCACUCCCCUAGCAUCUGAUCUAAGAGAAGCGUGACAUUUCUAUUCUCCCAAAAUAAACAUAUACCUGGCUUAGAGAAGACUGUGCAGAUGAAGAGAGUCAUAUUAUAAAUGUAACAGAGUGCUGUGAUGAUAUUGUGAUUUCUUUUUUUUUUGUAUUAUUUUUUCUUGGUAGAGGCCCCAUUAAUACCCCCCUGUGACAAACUGCAUUAUUCCUUGUAGCUCAAGAGAGAGAGAGAGAGAAAAAAAAAACUUGAAUGGUCAAUAUAAAGCCUGGAGAAUUUCUGCAAAUGACAAUCACAGUCAGUUCUCUACACUUGCACUUAUAAACUCAGUUUAGUAAAUAUUGUAGAGACCCAUUGGUGUAAUUUUUUCCCCGUGUAAUGUGUUGACAGCAGUAAAUCAAAAAUAAUGGAAAUUUGCACUGUUGAGAGCAUGUUUCGCCUUCGUUGAAAUUAAAAAGAAAAAAAAAAAUGAAAAAAAAAACAAACCCUGGAAAACCACUGUUUUCUUGAACGAACACAAUUCAAUUCAUCUUGAUUAUUUUAUAUACUUUUUAUUAUAUUAUUGAGUCUUAUGGACUGAGGUGUUGCUAAGCAUUUCUGAAAAUGCAUUUUUUUUUAUUUUUGUAAUAAGGAAGGUCUAAAUGUUGUGCAUUAAAAAAAUAUAAAUCAGGAGGCAGUGUUUUUUUUUUAAUACAGGAGAAUUUUCAGCAAACAGUACAUUUUACACACUUGUUUGGGAUUUACAUAUUUUCUUUCAUGGUGCAAGGUCUAAAAUGAUUAAAAAAAAGAUGGUGUUAAUGCAUUUUCAAAUGGAAGUUACGUCUGAAUUUAGAUGUCAGGCUGUUUCAGUGACACAGUUGUAUUAUCUUUAUAUUAAAGAGUGCUGUGCUCCAUAGAUCAAUAUUUCCAGGGUAACUUUUUUGUUAUUUUCUCUAUGGCCUGCCAUGCAGUGUAGGUU